GCCGAGGCCAUGCGCGCGGGCUGGGCAGGGGACCCGCGGGGCGCAGAGUGUAGCCGCUUCGGAGCCUGAGCCUCCCGGGGCCGCGGCCGGGGAGCCGCGCGGGGCCGGCCGGCCGGGGGGAGGGGAGCGAUGCGGCGCCGGCGGGCCGCGGUGGCCGCGGGUUUCUGCGCCUCCUUCCUGCUGGGCUCGGUCCUCAACGUGCUCUUCGCACCGGGCUCGGAGCUUCCGCGGCCAGGCCAGUCCCCCGGGCCCUCGCCAGACCCGGGCCCGGGCCGUCGCGGGGGCCGCGGGGAGCUGGCCCGGCAGAUCCGAGCGCGCUACGAGGAGGUGCAGCGCUAUUCCCGCGGGGGCCCCGGUCCCGGGGCCGGCCGGCCGGAGCGGCGGCGCCUGAUGGACCUAGCUCCGGGCGGCCCGGGCCUGCAGCGUCCCCGCCCCCCGCGGGCCCGGCCCCUGCUCGACGGCGCUCCGGGCUGGCCCCCGGCUCCUGGCCCGGGCUCCCCCGGCCCGGGAUCCUCCGGCCCGGGCCCGCGCCUGGGCUGCGCCGCGCUCCGCAACGUGUCCGGCGCACAGUAUGUGGGCUCCGGCUACACCAAGGCCGUGUACCGGGUCCGCCUGCCCGGCGGCGUCGCGGUGGCGCUCAAAGCGGUGGACUUCAGCGGCCACGAUCUGGGCAGCUGUGUGCGCGAGUUCGGGGCGCGGAGGGGCUGCUAUCGGCUGGCGGCCCACAAGCUGCUCAAGGAGAUGGUGCUACUGGAGCGGCUGCGGCACCCCAACGUGCUGCAGCUCUAUGGCUACUGCUACCAGGACAGCGAGGACAUCCCAGACACCCUGACCACCAUCACGGAGCUGGGUGCCCCUGUGGAAAUGAUCCAGCUGCUGCAGACUUCCUGGGAGGAUCGCUUCCGAUUCGUGCUGGUGGAUGGGGAACUGAAGGUGACCGAUCUGGAUGACGCCCGCGUGGAGGAGACACCGUGCACAGGCAGCGCUGACUGCACACUCGAGUUCCCAGCCAGGAACUUCACCCUGCCCUGCUCAGCCCAGGGCUGGUGCGAGGCCAUGAAUGAGAAACGCAACCUCUACAAUGCCUACAGGUUUUUCUUCACAUACCUCCUGCCCCAUAGUGCUCCACCGUCACUGCGGCCUCUCUUGGACAGCAUUGUCAACGCCACAGGAGAGCUCACCUGGGGGGUGGACGAGACCCUGGCCCAGCUGGAGAAGGUGCUGCACCUGUACCGGAGCGGGCAGUAUCUGCAGAACUCCACGGAGGCCGGCAGAGCCGAGUACCAGCACCUCCCAGGCAGUACCAUCCCCCAGGAAGACUACGGCUGCUGGCCAUCCUACCACCACGGAAGCUGCCUCCUUUCAGUGUUCAACCUGGCCGAGGCUGUGGACAUCUGUGAGAGCCAUGCCCAGUGCCAGGCCUUUGUGGUCACCAACCAGACCACUUGGACAGGUCGGCAACUAGUCUUUUUCAAGACAGGAUGGAGCCACGUGGUCCCUGAUCCCAGCAAGACCACAUAUGUGAGGGCCUCUGGCUGACCUGUCUGUGGGCUCAGCUGACCACCACUGCCAGCACGGCAUGUCACCUGGGCACCCCUGCAGACAAGGCUGACAUCCCCGACAGACCGAGGGGACCAGGACAACGUGCAAUACUGCCACAUGUUAAAAUGUGAGUUUACCAGUCUAGGUCUGGGACUGCUGGCUCCAGGGCAGGAAUCGUGGAGGGCUGACCGCCCCUCUCACCCUCUGGGCCGCCAGCGAGGCUCAGGACAGCCUCCCCACUGGGGGCUCUGCCCCUCACUGGGACAGUUCUGUGGGCAGCCCCAUCACUGUGCUCGUAGCGUGAGAAUGUAGUCAGAGCCCCUGCUGCCGGCGCUGCUGCAUGUGCCGUGGCCCGGCAGGGGCCGCGCGGGAACAAUCAGUCACCAGGUGUUCUCUUAGCCAAGCUCCUGACCGGAGACUUGAAGGGAUGCUCCGGGAGACGGGUGAUUCUGUACGUGGGGCGGCCGCCUCUGGGCACCUGACAGGGGCGCUGACCGGCCAGCCCAGGAGCGGGGGCAGAGGAGCACACAAGGUAUGAGCCAAGGCCUGGGGUUGAGGGGCAGGUAGCAGUUUGAGCCAGGACCUGGCGCGGGGGUGGGGGCCGGGGCCUUUCUGCCUCAUUUGCUUUCAGUGAAAGCCGCAAAGCAGCCAAAAGCAGCCUCUCCCCGCUCCUGGAGUUUGUGUAUCCAGAAGCUUUUGUACUUCUUGUUCAUUAAAAUGUUUAUUUUUGUAAGAAAAAAAAAAAAAUCAAUUAAUAAAAGGACAUUUCACAGCAAGGACUCUUCCCAAGCCGCAUUUUCCUGGGCUGGCUUUCUCGUCCUCAGUUUUGUCUUUGGUGUCUGUUUGGGAGCGGGGGCAGCGUGUGACAAAGGAGUGAAGCCUCCAUGCAAACACUAAAGCUGACACAGUGUGCGUUCAGGCCCUGCUCCCACGGUUCCCGUCUCCGUCCUUGGCCCCCCACAUCCAUGUCCUAACAAAAGACAGGAGGGACUAACGAGGUUACAAUGUUAACACACACUGGCUUCUUCUAUACAGAGCCUUUACCCAGAGGACUCAUGUCCUAACGGUGGGAUGUCAGCCACGCCAGGGUGCCCUGGGCAGCCUCCAGUCAGGUCAGCUUUGCCUCUGUACAGGGUCAGGCCUGCCCGUCAUCACCACUGCCCACCACGUGGCAAUGCACACUUUUCUUUCUCAGAGCCUUUCUUUGAGCAAGAAAUAAAUACAUGGAAAGUGGGGAGACCGAAAAAAGUCAAUGGAAAGCCCGGCCCCCUCUUCCUGGGUUUUGGGAGGGAGGGUCUAACAGGGUAUGUGGAAGCCCAAAGUGGAAGAGUUCAAGAUCACACUGAGGCCAGAGAGAGCCCCAACAUGGAUGCAAGUCUUCUAACUUGAAAUCCCACAUCUUCUCUCCUGUACACCAUUCUACUUCUAGAAUAUUCUCAAAGUGCACAAGCCUUUGAGGGCUUUAGAAAGAAUAACCAAAGUUCAACUCAGAACCCAGUGUCUUCUCAGCAGCUGGUGGUCGGUGUAAUUUCUCAGGCACAGGACGUCCCCUUAGUUCUGAGUGGUUGAAGAGCCGAUGUUAGCUCUGGAGUCCUCAUCGUGGACGCCGCUCGGACCCUCAAGGUUGUACCUUACCACCACCAUGCCCAGCCCAGACGCCCUACGCCUUGCCUCUGGUUACCUGGGCUUGGUGAUCGUGGAGGGUGGGGAGGGUCAGAGCCUCCACAGAACCUCACACCAUGAGUCAACCAAGCCGUGUCCUGCCCGUGAUCACCACUCUCAGUCCCCACCCCUCCAAGGAGGAACUCGGCUUCCAUCAGCCUCCAGAGCUCUUUCCUCAGCUGAAUUCACACCCCACCGCACGGGUAGCCUACCCCUUGCUAGCCAGUGUUAGAGUUUGCAGUGCCCUCUGUUAUUCAACUGCCCACCGGUCUGUGGAGCUCUGAGGGCAGGAGAACCACGUCACCAUGCUGGGCCCAAGGGGGUUCCACAGGGCUGGGGCAGGAAGGUCUGCGGGGUCUGUGCCAUCCAGAGGGACACAAAGACCCUGGUUACAGACGGCAGAGAGGCCCGCAGGAACUGUGUGACUCAGUGGGGAAAGAGAAGGCUGAAGAUGAACCAACCACUGCCUUCUGAGCUUCCAGAUGAGUGGUUCACUGGCCCGUGGAGAGGCGCA